AUGUUUUGGAGAGGAGCCUUACAACAGUAUAUCGACCAUCCAGAAAGGUUCGAGGCUUUAACAGAUCCUAAUUCCGGAUCUUGUGUAAUAUAUCAUGAUUCGAAGGUUGUUCUGAUUACAGAUGGGUUCCCAAAGGCUGUAGAACAUAUACUAAUUUUGCCCCGAAACCCAUUACUAUCAAAAUCACAUCCCACCACAGCUUUAUCAGAUAACGUUAAGCGUAAAAUGGAACCAUAUAUCGAGAUAGCCAUAGAUUAUAUUGUUGAGCAGUUCACUAAGAAAUAUAUUAUUCUCGAUAAAAACUUGAAGGAAGAUUUCAAAAAAAAAUUAAUUCAAGUUGGCGUCCAUAGGGUUCCUUCGAUGAAUAACUUACAUAUUCACGUUAUCACAAAGGACUUUUAUUCUGCAAGAUUGAAGAAUAAGAAACAUUAUAAUUCUUUUAACACAAACUUUUUUGUGAAAUGGCAUGAUUUACCACUUCAAAAUAAACCCUUGGAUAAUAAAUUAGUUGAGAAAGAGUAUCUACGUGACCAUGACUUAAUCUGUUGUUAUUGUGGAAUGAACUUCACAAACAAAUUUGCUAAACUAAAGGAACAUCUUAAAGUGGAAUUCAAUGAGAGGUUUGAAAGUAAUACUAUGGUAACCUUAUGA